CAGAGCGCAGCGGGCUCCUCUCUGAGAGCAUCAGGUGGCUCCAUAUACGGACUGGAGAGGCGCUUCACAGCCCCUCUGGCACACACCUCCUAGGGCGCACAGAGGGGCAGUGCCAUGCACACUCCUGACUAUGCGCUGCUCCUGAGUGGAGGUAACCAAUCUCUGGCUUUUACUCCCACUGAUGACUUUACGAUGGGAACGGCUGCAAACAGCACCCCGCAGCCGAACGGAUCCGAUCCGUUUGCGCGAAACGAGGAGGUGGCCCAAAUCGAGAUAAUGGUCCUGAGCAUCACCUUCGUGGUCGCUGUGAUCGGGAAUGUCAGCGUCCUGCUGGCGAUGUACAACACUAAGAAGAAGAUGUCGCGGAUGCACCUUUUCAUCAAACAUCUCAGCCUGGCCGACCUGAUGGUCGCCUUUUUCCAGGUGCUGCCGCAGCUCUGCUGGGAGAUCACCUUCCGCUUCUACGGUCCAGACUUUCUCUGCAGGAUAGUCAAGCACCUGCAGGUGAUGGGGAUGUUUGCGUCCACCUACAUGAUGGUGAUGAUGACCCUGGACCGUUACAUUGCCAUCUGCCACCCGCUGAAAACGCUCCAGCAGCCCACCCAGCGCUCCCACAUCAUGAUCGUCUCCACGUGGAUGUGCAGCCUGGUGCUCAGCACGCCGCAGUACUUCAUCUUCUCCCUGAGCGAAAUCAAGAACGGCUCGGACGUUUAUGACUGCUGGGCGCAUUUUAUCGAGCCAUGGGGCGCCAAGGCGUACAUCACCUGGAUAACCGUGGGGAUCUUCCUCGUGCCUGUGGUCAUUCUCAUGAUGUGCUACGGGUUCAUCUGUCACAGCAUAUGGAAAAAUAUCAAAUUCAAGAAAAGGAAAACGAUUUCUGGUGCCGCGAGCAAGAACGGGCUAAUUGGGAAGAAUUCAGUCAGCAGCGUUACAACCAUAUCGAGAGCCAAACUGAGGACUGUUAAAAUGACUUUUGUGAUAGUUUUGGCGUACAUUGUUUGCUGGGCGCCGUUUUUCACAGUGCAGAUGUGGUCUGUGUGGGAUGAAAACUUCCAAUGGGCCGAUUCUGAGAACACAGCAGUGACUCUGUCUGCGCUCCUUGCCAGUCUCAACAGCUGCUGUAACCCGUGGAUAUACAUGAUCUUCAGCGGUCACCUCCUCCAGGAUUUCGUGCACUGCUUCUCCUGCUGCGACAAAAUGAACACUGACUUCAAGAAGGAGGACUCGGACAGCAGUCUCCGCAGAACCACUUUGCUCACCAAGAUGACCAAUCGGAGCCCUACGGGCAGUUCGAGCAACUGGAGGGAGCUGGACAAUUCUCCCAAGUCCUCCAUUCAGGCGGAGUAGACGGGAAACCAGGCAACUCUGUUUACUGGGGUGGGAAAAUGUCUAACAGUGGCACCAAGGUACACGGUAUCGGCUCAUUACUGGCAGUGAUAUAAAUGCCCCCAGCCUCCAAAGCAAAUCAAGCAGAAAACAUGGACAUGUUACUUGUGACUUCCUGCAGGAUUUUGUGUGCAAUUAUGUUCCUUUUCACAUAAGCUCAGUAAAAAUGAUUAAAAACUUUAGGAAAGGGAGUAAAAUGACAAAGAUUUAUUUGGAAGUUAUCUUGUUUUUAUAUCCCCACAGUUGUUUGUAGAAGGUUUUUAGAUCAUUUUGUGGAAUUUACUAGUAAUACUUGAAAGUUCAACAGUCCUAACAUGAUUCUUUUCCAGGUUUUUGACAGAAAAGCACUUUUCUGGGAAUACUGAUGCUUUCACUGGUGGUUAUGUCACCUUGCAGUGCCGCCAAAACACCUUUUCCUGUUGGAGUGUUUACAAAGACAAAGUGUAUAGCAGCCAAGAGGUGUGAGGUGGUGAAAACAACUCUUCCAGGCUGCAUGUCUUUAAGCAUGUCCCCUCCACACACACACACACACACAAAGCAGACUAGACAGUG